AUGGGACAGAUUACAAAUUUGUUAUCUGAAAGGGCUCCUAGGACUUUUCCCUCUGACACUAAAAAGAACCCAAAGGAAACAAUCAAAGUUGUAUCUCUAAGAAGUGGCAAAGCAUUGACUGACCCAGUGGUGAAGGUUAAACCUGAGGUGGUUAACAAGGAGACUGAGACACCAACAGAGAAAACGAGUGAAGAGCAAAAUGGCCAGAGUAGUGGGGUACAAAAGGAGAUUGAAGAAAGUAGACAUAUGCCAGCUCUACCAUUGCCUCAAAAGAUGAAGCGUGAGAAACUUGACAAAUGUUUUGGGCGAUUAUUGGAGAUGCUCAAACAACUUUAUGUUAACAUUCCCUUUACAGAUUUACUUACUCAGAUGCCUGCUUAUGUAAAGCUCUUGAAGGAAAUCCUGUCUAGCAAGAGAAAUUUAGAGAAAACAACAGUGAUCAAGCUGAAUGCCCACUACAGUGCCAUACUGCAAAACAAAAUUCCCCAAAGUAUGGGGACCCAGGAAGCUUCACCAUACCAUGCUCGUUGGGGAGUGAGAAAUUUGACAAGGCCCUCUGCGAGUCUGACCAGCAUUUUGCGUGAGGGAAUCGUUGAGGAUAUUAUAGUGCGGGUGGACAAAUUUGUGUUCCCCGUAGACUUUAUUGUGGUUGAUAUGGAAGUGAACAAGGAGGUGCCUCUAUUUCUAAGGAGGCCAUUUUUAUGUACAUGUAGAUCUAUCCUUGAUAUCUACGAAGGGAAGCUUAUGCUCAGAGUGGGCAAUGAAAAAGUGGUAUUCCAGAUGAAGAGGAUGAUGAAAUACCCCAGUGGUGAGGCAUCUGCCUACUCGUGUUUCAAGCUAGAUGUUGUUGGGGAAUUGGCUAAAAAAUACAAGUUUGACAAGCUUGUGGGGGAUACUCUAGAGAGAUGUAUUAGCCAGUCUAGCAUAGUGGAGGAUGAAGAUCCUGAAAUAAAGAAAGAGAUUGAAGCUCUUGAAACUAAGGAUCAAGUGGUUGAUGAGGAGGAUUUAAAAGAGGAGGCUUCUAAGUACACAGGAGCAAAAACUGGUGGAGCUGCUGAAAAAGCACAAAAAAGCCAUUGGCUAGAGUAUAGCUGA